AAGUUGGUACGGACACCGAACUGACAAACUGUAUAUUGUAAAAUUAAAAUGAUAUGAUAUCGAUCCAAUUUUACAAUCAUGCAUUUUCAAAAACUGUGACAUAGUUGUUCCGAAUUAGACGUGAAUUUCUCUCUAAAAUUUAAAGUGUUGGUUCAAUUCAAAAAAAAAUUAAGGCAAGCAUCAAUUUUGAACGAGAAAGAACUACUAAUUCAGGAACAACCGUACCAACUUAAUCAUGGCCGCUUCCAAGAAUGAACCUCAGCAGUUUUCGCUUGUACCUAAAAUUAUCAAUGGUGGAAUAGCUGGUAUAAUUGGUGUAUCCUGUGUAUUUCCAUUAGAUUUAGUAAAAACUAGAUUACAAAAUCAAAAAAUCGGUCCAAAUGGCGAAAAAAUGUAUAAUUCAAUGUUUGAUUGUUUCAAGAAAACAUAUAAGGCUGAAGGAUAUUUUGGAAUGUACAGAGGAUCCGGUGUAAAUAUUCUUCUUAUAACACCAGAGAAAGCAAUCAAAUUAACAGCUAAUGAUUAUUUUCGACAUCAUCUGAGAACUGCCAAAGGAGAGUUACCUAUGUUCCGUCAAAUGCUUGCCGGUGGACUUGCUGGUUUAUUCCAAAUUGUUGUAACAACACCAAUGGAACUAUUAAAAAUUCAAAUGCAAGAUGCAGGACGUGUUGCAGCUGAAGCAAAACAAUUAGGAAAAACUGUUGUCAAAACCUCAGCAUCAAAAUUAGCGCUAGGUUUAAUCAAAGAAAAAGGAAUCUUAGGACUCUAUAAGGGUAUUGGUGCUACUAUGUUACGUGAUGUAACAUUUUCUAUUGUCUAUUUCCCAUUAUUCGCAACAUUAAACGAUUUAGGACCACGCAGAUCAGAUGGAUCAAAUGAGGCGGUGUUUUGGUGUUCAUUCUUGUCAGGUUGUGCAGCUGGUUCCUUUGCUGCUUUAUUUGUUAAUCCAGUGGACGUUAUAAAAACACGUUUACAGGCUAUCACUCCUGGAGAAGCACGAUACAAAGGAUUCACAGAUUGUGUCUUAAAAACACUCAAAGAAGAGGGUCCAAAAGCAUUCUUUAAAGGUGGUGCUUGCCGUAUGAUUGUAAUAGCACCAUUAUUCGGUAUUGCUCAAACAGUAUAUUACUUAGGCGUUGCUGAAAAAUUAUUAGGAGUCGAUGGGAAACAACAUUAAGAUGACUUCUAGGCCACAUAGAUCGAAUACACAUACAUACACUAGUUUGGAAACAUGAAUUUCAUUUAAAACUUAAAUUUAGAUG